GUCUUUAGAGUAGCUGAAAAGGAAAAUACAUUGAAGUGGUUUAGCGGAGGAUUCAACUUUGUAUCUGCCAUUAAAAGAUAUGACUGAGGGAACGCAGCUGCGGAGGCGAGGGGGUCCGUACAAGACCGAGCCAGCCACAGACCUGAGCCGCUGGAGGCUGACUAAUGUCGAGGGCAGGCAGACCUGGCGCUAUGUGGAAGAUCAGGACACCCCAGACAGAGAGCAGACAAUGAUGGAAGCCCAUUCUCUAGGCUUGGACACGAGUAAGUUUGUGUCUGGCUCCCCAGCUGCCCACACAGCUGUAGAUGCAGCUCUGAAAGGUAUGAACUUCUACAGCCACCUCCAGGCCGAGGACGGUCACUGGGCAGGUGACUAUGGAGGGCCUCUCUUUCUGCUCCCAGGUCUCCUGAUCACAUGCCAUGUGGCUAAGAUCCCUCUGGCUGAGGCCUGGAAGAAAGAGAUGGUGAGAUACCUGCGCUCCGUUCAGAUGUCAGACGGAGGCUGGGGUCUACAUAUUGAAGACAAGUCCACUGUCUUCGGCACAGCGCUGAGUUACACCUCAUUAAGGAUCCUGGGAGUAGAGCCUGAUGAUCCAGAUAUGGUUCGAGCCAGAAACAACCUGCACAGCAAAGGCGGCGCUGUGGGGAUUCCCUCGUGGGGUAAAUUCUGGUUGGCCAUUUUAAAUGUUUACAGUUGGGAGGGAAUGAACACCCUGCUACCAGAGAUGUGGAGCUUUAUGUCCAGGACUAUGCCACCAUUAACUGGCCUGCUCAGAGGAAUAAUGUGGCAGCAUGUGACAUGUACACACCUCACAGCACCCUGCUCACCGUCGCCUACAUGGUGUUAAAUGUGUACGAGGCCUACCACAGCACCACAAUGAGAGGAAAGGCUGUCAAAGAACUAUAUGAACACAUCCAGGCUGACGACAGCUUCACUAAAUGUAUCAGCCAUAUCUCCAAGACUAUCAACAUGCUGGUUCGCUGGUAUGUGGAUGGUCCUUCCUCUCCGGCCUUUCAAGAGCACGUGUCCAGGAUCCCAGACUACCUCUGGUUGGGAUUAGAUGGCAUGAAAAUGCAGGGAACCAAUGGAUCUCAACUCUGGGAUACUUGCUUUGCUGUACAGGCAUUCCUUGAGGCAAGAGCCCAGGAUAACCCCAGACUAGCGGAGUGCCUUCGAGAUGCUCAUCAGUUCCUCGCCAUCACACAGAUACCUGAGAAUCCUCCUGAGUAUCAGAAGUACUACAGACAGAUGAACAAGGGAGGCUUCCCCUUCAGUACCCGUGACUGUGGUUGGAUCGUGGCUGACUGCACAGCUGAGGGCCUGAAGUCAGUGAUGCUGCUGCAGGAGCUCUGUCCCUCCAUCAGCCAGCCGGUCACCUCAGAGCGUCUUUAUGAUGCUGUCAAUGUGUUGCUGAGCAUGAGGAACCCUGAUGGUGGAUUUGCCACAUAUGAAACAAAGAGAGGAGGGAAACUCCUGGAGCUACUCAACCCCUCCGAGGUGUUUGGUGACAUCAUUAGAGAUUACACCUAUGUGUGGACCUCAGCAGUAAUGCAGGCUCUGAGGCACUUCAAGGUUCAACACUGUGCUGAGGAGAUAAGCUCCACUCUAAGAGAAGGACUGGAGUACUGCAGGAGGUUGCAGAGGCCUGAUGGAUCCUGGGAAGGGUCCUGGGGAGUGUGCUUUACAUAUGGAAUAUGGUUUGGCCUUGAAGCCUUUGCUUGUAUGGGUCACAUCUACAAGGACGAGGAUGUGUGCGUGGAGGUUCAGAAAGCUUGUGAGUUCCUGCUGGACCGGCAGAUGUCAGAUGGAGGCUGGGGGGAGGACUUUGAGUCAUGCGAGCAGCGGCGCUACGUCCAGAGCAGCGCCGCUCAGAUCCACAACACCUGCUGGGCUUUGUUAGGCCUCAUGGCUGUCAGGCAUCCUGAUGGACGGGCCAUUGAGAGAGGAGUACAGCUGCUGAUUGACAAACAGCUGCCCAAUGGCGACUGGCCACAGGAGAAUAUAGCAGGUGUGUUCAACAAGAGCUGCGCUAUCAGCUACACCUCCUACAGAAAUGUCUUCCCAGUCUGGACCCUCGGCCGCUUCUCAACCCUUUACCCCAGCAGUCCGUUGGCUGGGAAGGUCAAGCUAUGAAGACAUUUAAAAGGACUUCCAGGAUGAAGAAACAAAAUGUGUGCAACAAAUACAACGACACAGUUCAGACAAUCAAUGGAGAGAAUAUAUUUUUUGACACUGCCAGAAAUAUCAGCCUUUAAAUUAUGCAUCAUUUGUACAUAGCCUUUUUAAUGUCUGACGGAGGCUGUGUUAUAUAUAUAUAUAUAUAUAUAUAUAUAAAACACUGCAGCUGUUGUUUCCAUCAGAUAAAGAAACACAUUUCAUUCUCUUCAUUCCAGGUUUAUCCAUCAGAGCUACUCCUUAAAAACCUGUUAUGAUAAUCUGUUGCUAUCUUGGACGCCCAGUUAACAUGCACUGGUUGCUGUAUGAAAGCAUGUAUGCCCAUGUUGCCUUAUAUGUUUUAAUUUACUUACAAUUUACAUGUA